AGAGCUUCCCCUCCUCCCCCACUUCCCUCUUUCUAAAAUCCUUUCACCUACCACGGGAUGAUGACUGCUUCCUGCCCACUGCUACCUUGAAAUUGGCCAGAAGGUGCCUCCACAGCCACACCAGGAGGGUUCUCCUGUUCUCUGAACAAAUGCUUUAGGUCACAGGUGGGAUGGCGGGCGCUGGGCCACGCAAAGGCAAAAAAGACGACAAUGGCAUUGGCACAGCCAUCGACUUUGUGCUGUCCAAUGCCCGGCUGGUGCUGGGCGUGGGUGGAGCUGCGAUGCUGGGCAUUGCCACGCUGGCUGUCAAACGGAUGUAUGACCGUGCAAUUAGUGCUCCCAGCAGCCCCACUCGCUUGAACCAGUCAGGAAAGAGAAGCUGGGAAGAGCCAAACUGGUUGGGAUCCUCCUCACGCUUACUGAGUCAGGACAUGAAGACUAACCUCAGCCGCUCCCUGCAGACCCUUCCCACCGACACUUCGGCCACAGACACAGACUUUUUCCGACCCACAAAACCCAAGCAAUCUGCCAAGAGGAGUCAAGUGGAGCUGAAAAAAUCCCGCCUUCGUCUGUCUCUGCAAGAAAAGCUAUUUGCUUAUUACAGGAAGAAGGUAGCUAUCCCUACAGAUGAGCAGGCCCUAGCCAAGCAAGCAGCCGUGGACAUCUGUGCUGAGCUGCGCAGCUUCCUCCGUGCCAAGCUGCCGGACAUGCCCCUGCGUGACAUGUAUCUCAGUGGCAGCCUGUAUGAUGAUCUGCAGGUAGUGACAGCUGACCAUAUCCAGCUUAUUGUGCCUCUGAUGCUGGAGCAGAACUUGUGGUCGUGCAUCCCUGGAGAGGAAACUAUCAUGAACAUUCCUGGCUUCUACUUGGUGCGUCGAGAAAACCCAGAAUACUUUCCCCGUGGGAGCAGCUACUGGGACCGCUGUGUUGUAGGAGGUUACCUUUCCCCCAAAGCUGUAGCAGAGACCUUUGAGAAAGUUGUAGCUGGAUCCAUCAACUGGCCAGCAAUUGGGUCUCUCUUGGAUUACGUGAUCCGUCCAGCAGCUCCCCCAGCAGAUUUGACACUGGAAGUCCAGUAUGAUCCAGAACGGCGUCUUUUCAUUGACUUCCUACCAUCCCUCACUCUGGGUGAUGUUGUCCUUGUGGCCAAACCCCAUCGACUGGCCCAGAAUGACAACCUAUGGCGACUGAGUCUGCGGCCAGCAGAAACAGCUCGCCUCAGGGCUCUGGACCAGUGCGAUUCUGGCUGCCGUUGCUUGUGCCUGAAGAUCUUCAAAGCGGUAUGCAAGUUGAACCCAGCCCUGGGUCACCUCACUGCCAGCCAGCUCACCAAUGUCAUCCUGCACAUGUCCCAAGAGGAGUCCAACUGGUCCCAGGACAUGCUGGCUGAUCGCUUCUUGCAAGCGCUGAAGGGCUUGAUCCGCUACUUGGAGGCAGGGGUCCUCCCUAGUGCUCUGAACCCCAAAGUGAACUUGUUUUCAGAGCUUACCCCAGAAGAAGUGGAUGAAUUGGGCUACACCCUCUACAGCUCUCUCUCAGAGCCGGAGGUUUUACUCCAGACGUAAUGGGGCCUUAACUGGGGAAACAUCGAUAGGAUUUAGCCAAGGUGGACUUUGAAAUGUGUCUCCUCCUGCACAACCUCCCCUCUCUCACACUAUCUACUUCUGGUUCAUUUGGUUCAUUUUUAUUUCCUGCUGUGGAGUUGUUGCUCCCACUGGAUUUCUUGGUGCUACUGGUCCAUUUCCACCAUCUGUGCCCCAGCAGGUACCCAUUGGCUAUGGAAAAGAGGCUUAAACUGCAGCUGUAAGAUCGCUGCAUAAAUCUUGCUGAUGCUCAAGCGUCUACAAAAACAAAACAACAACAAACCCAACCAACAACACGACUAUGCACUUCUUUCCCCUGUAGUGAGUCUUUCUUGCUGCAGUGAAUCUGUUUUGGUCUGAAGAAGGUGGAAGUGGGCUGGUGAAUCCAGUGACAACUUUAGCAGACUUGCACUGAGGUCCUUUCCUUCCCUUGGGUCAGAUUUUGUCCUCAUAUUUCUUUUUCUCUGCUGUACCACACUGUCUCACUUUCCCCCUUUUUUUUUUUUUUUUUUUUUUUUUUUACCAAGUCAUGCAGAGCAGACUGAAUGAGAUGUUCUUGUUAGGGCUGUAUGUUGUAUGUCUGAGUGCAUCAUGAUUAACAGUAUUUAGUGCAGUAGUUCUUUAAAGAGGAGAAUGCAUAUGGCUCUGGCUCCUACAGAGCCUUCUUAUCCUUUGUCAUCUGGAUUCAGGAGUAUGGCUUGUCCAGUCUGUUGUAACAGCCUCCAGUAUAGGCACUUCUCGCAGGUGUUUCUGCAGGGAGGAAGAAGCUUUUGUGGUGUCUAUGUGAUGAGGCCAAAGGAGUAGGGCUUGCUGUUCCGGCCUAGCCAGAUCUGCUGCGUGUUGCUGGUGGGAAUGGCCAUGGGAAUUGGGAGGUAGGCAGCUCCUCAGAUGUGUCUCUGGCCUAGAGGAAGAGAGGUUGAUUAUGGAAGACAGGUGGGAGGUGCACAUGGGAACAGAGAAUAUUUUUUCAUCUUUUCUGAGUUUUUUGCUGUUCUGGCUUAUAGGAGGUGGAAGCAGAACUUUAUGCCUCGAAUGGUUUUGUAAUAAGCACAUGUAAGCCAGAUUCUCACCAGCUGUAAGUUGGUAAGGGUAAUAGGGCUAAACUGGUGUCAUCAAAAAGGGUCUGUUCCAUAUGCUGAUGUUACUAUUCAUAUGCAGAGUUGGCAUUUAGAAAGGAACUGUCUUUGCCAUCUGCUCUCACUGUGUGCUUUAGUUCUCUCUCCUGGCACCUCAGAGGUGAGGCAGUUUCCCCUUCCUCAUUCCCAUGUGCUGACUUUCCAGUGUUCCCAGUUUACAGUUACCAUUAAAAAGCUGGUGAGGGCACACCUUCCCACUCUGUAUGGUUGGACCUAUUGAUCAUGGACUUCUGUCCACUCUGUUCACCUCUGCUAUCAGGCUGUUCUCCCUUGGCUGUCCUCUCAUCUGCUGCUGGACUGUGGUGUGGCUUUUGGGGGCAGCUGAUGCACUGUGGGUGUCUCUUACACUAGCUGCAUGUACUCUGUGCUGCUGUCAGUCUUUUGGCCUCCUGUCUUCAAAGAGUUGGAGCCCUCCUGAGUCUUGGGCUAUGUGUAUCAAAUGAUGAGCACAGCCAGUAUUACAGAAACAUAACCCCUCUUUAGUACCUUUUUUUCCUCCUCCCUAGCCAAGGAGGCAAGAGUUCAGAGGGAGCAGGUAUCCUUUUCUCCUUCCUUCCUCUCAGGACUCCCCUUUGACAGGGAAGUUUCAAGGUGAGUUUCAGAAGUGGAACCGAGGAGGAGUGUCUUUACCCCCUGUUUUCCUUUUAGAGGCAGUGCUGGUGAGAUGAGGGUAGGGGCAUCUUUCUCGGACGAUCCGUCCAUUUUAGACAGUGUGUCAGAUAGUAUUCUGUAUACAGUGAUAACAUGACGAUGCAUUUUAAAUUAUUUAAUCCUUAGGUUACAGGUAUUUUCUAGACUGCCAGAUGCAUACUUUUUAAAGUGUGUGUGUGUAUAUAUAAAGUCUGUAGUCUGUAAAAGGUAAACAAAUUCCGUUUGUAUGAUUUUGUGUUUCGUAUGUUGUGCAGCAGUCACUGUUGCUCAGGUGUUGAUUGCUUUUCACUCUGGUUCCCAGAUUACACCCACUUUUCCCUGCCCUCCACUUCUUUUCUGUCAGCUUUCCUGCCCUAAAAGCAGAUGGAUAAGACUUGGAGCCCACAGGCUGUCUGGGAAAAUUCUCUUUUCUUCUCAUUACUUGAAGGUCAACAAAAAUAUUAACGUAUCGGGGUUGUCAGGCAUUCCCCUUCUGUUCAUUUACUCAGUGUGAUCUCACCAUCACUCGGUGCUGAAUCCAAUGCCAUGGUCUUCAUGUGGAACUGAGCAGCAGCAUGGUUUGGAAUGAUAGACACUAUAAUUGCAAAGGUGAGAAAUAAGCAGGAGGAAGCCACUGUCUGAGCUGCAUAAGAACAGUUGCCACGUACAUAUCUGUAUAUAGAAUUUUUCACAUGAAUGCUUUUACUUCUUCCUGGCAACCUAAUGAAUUAAUAUUUUAUGGCCAUUUCUUGCUGCUAUCGAGCUCAAUUUGUGUAUCAAAUGGAGACUGAAGCUGCCUUUUUGCCUUUUCUGUAGACUUUGCUCCACUUCACUUGAAUCACGUCCAUCAUUUCUUCCCUUCAGUUUUUCCCUGUUCUGAGCUAGCCACAAGCCUGUUCCUGGGAGGCAGAAGCUCCCCUCCUAUGGACAGCCACCACCAUGAGCAGCAGCUGCCCUGGCAGUGGCAGUCUCAGCAAAGGCCAAAGAUGUAAUAGGUCAGAGGGACACUUGCAAUGAGAAGUGUUUCAAGAGCAGGGUCAAGUGGAAGGGGUGAUAAAGGCAGGGAAGAAGGAGCAGAGCAACUAUGCAGGAAACUUACACUAAAGUUGUAUGAAGCUUGUGGACAAAUGGAUUGUUGCAGAGUCUUUUGAAUCAGCACCUUUCAGUGUUAAAUUGGGUGCAUAUGUUUAUAUACAGCCAGGAGGGCUGAAUUAUAGGUAGGCUCCUUUCUCAUCGGAGCUGUAGCACAGAGCAGGAUGACCUAAAGACGAAUGUGAAAAGGGCAGCUCUUGGCCACCUUCCUGGCAGAGCAGCUCAGAGACAAAUUGAUUGUAAGGAGCCCAGAGCGUGCAUUGCCUGCUUGCUGCCUGAGCUCCUGGAAUGCCUUGGUAUGUUCUGCUGUAGCUUAGCUUCCACAAGCUUCUCACGAGAUUGUCAUCUGGUUCCCUGUAAAUGCGGGGCAAGGACCAACUCGCUGAGCAGUGGCUUUUCACUGCUGCUGAGCUUUACCACUAAUCUUUCAGCUCGGAUGAAUUUCUUUUAAAGUGUUCAGAAGCAAUUACGGAACCAAGAGGCUGCUUGCUGCCUCUCAACCCGCACUGUGUGUGUGGGUACUUGCAGUGUGCAGUGAAGAGAUGAUGCCCCGUUGCUCCUAGGUCUGGAGGCUGUGGACUUGCAAGGGGAAAAGUCUCAAGUGCAUGGUCUGUGACAGAGUGCGUGAAAUUCUGAAAUAAAAUGACUUUCCACAGUAAACUGAA